GUCGUCACCCCGGUUAGCGACCGUUGGCUCAGAUUUUCCUCCGCCGCUUCACUUCACUCUCUCUCAGCACCAUUCACAGGAGACUGUCCCAGCCUACCGGCGGUAUAACGCACACCAUGGCAGAGCAGGAACCCACACAAGAGCAGGUGAAUGUGAGUGAAGUAGAGACUGAAGAGGAGGAUACCAAUCCCAACUACAGACCUCCCGCCCAGAAGAGCUUAGACGAGAUCCAGAAGCUGGACGCAGAGGAUGAGAGCCUGCGCAAGUACAAGGAGGCACUGCUGGGGAAGGAAGUUAAGGUUGCAGCAGAUCCCAACACCCCCAACAUCCAGGUGAUGAGCAUGACUUUGGUAUGUGAUGCGGCUCCAGCCCCGCUGGUUCUUGACCUGACAGGAGACCUGGACAGCUUCAAGAAGAACCCAUUUGUUCUAAAGGAGGGCGUCGAAUACAAAAUAAAAAUCAACUUCAAGGUCAACAAGGAAAUUGUGUCAGGCCUGAAGUACACUCAGCAAACGUACAGGAAAGGAGUAAGAGUUGACAAGUCGGACUACAUGGUCGGCAGCUACGGGCCCAGACCAGACGAGGCAUACGAGUUCCUCACAACAAUGGAGGAGGCACCCAAAGGGAUGCUGGCCCGCGGCACCUACAACAUCAAGUCCAAGUUCACUGAUGACGACAAACAUGACCAUCUCUCCUGGGAGUGGAACCUCAUUAUCAAGAAAGACUGGAAAGACUGAUUUCCCCUUCGACAUCCUCCACCGCCAUCUUCCCCGCUUUGUCCCUCUCUGUUUUCUCUUCUCUGCUGUCGUUCCAUUAUUUCUGUCUGGAUUACGUGUUGAUUGAAGCUUUUGCUCUCUCCGUCCAUUGACAACUUGUUCUUACAGUUUCCUUUUCUAAAUUCCAAUCACUUCAUCAUUCCUCCUGUCGUAACACUUUCACCUUGUUUUCACCCGCCCCUUUCUGUUAAGUAUUAAAUCUUAAAAAUGGAGAAAGCAAACAAUGUGCACAAUCCAGAUUUUGCGGUUCGUUUAUAAAAGAAAAAAUAAGUUAAAAAAAAAAGUCUGUUAACUGCUCUUGGAAGUGAUCAAAUAUGUGAUAGCGCUUUCUUGUCCUCCCCGUUUUCAUCCCUCUUUAUUUUUCCAGAUUGUUUUGUACUAUUACCGUGAUCUGCCUUGGAAAGCAUUGUGCAGGAAGCAGUAGUGCUGUAUGUAUGUGGCUGCUGUACGGUCACCGAGCAAUCAUUGCUGGACACAACUCUUGGACGCAGCCCUCCUAAAGCCUUUGAGCAGAUUAUUUGUACCAGGGUCUUGGCAAAUUAUUUGGAAUUUAGGCCACGUCUUUUUUCCAGAUGAUUUAGCUCCCUGCAAAGUCUACUGAGAGAACAGGGGAAACAAAUAUUACCUCUAACCCAUUGUGACCCCUGGCUGUAGGUGCGGCUGUUCCUCUCCUGAUCAGGGUAUUCUGGCAGUGUUUUAGCAGCCAUGUGGCCUUAAUGAGAACCCUUAGGAAAAAAAUAGACAACCUAAUUGAGCCAUUUGCCUUCAGAUUGUAUUUGCCAGACCAUCAUGUGAGCCUGUUUUUAACAAUACUUGUAAUACACGGACAGGGAAUUAGGACUAAGGACUUUUAACACCUUUUAUUUCAGGUUUGAUGAUCUGUAAAAGCCAUUACAUGUUGAUGUCCAUCAUAUUAACUCUAUUUACAAGCAUAUUUUUCAUCACUGUAGUUUUCUAAAGAUCAGUUCAAUUAACUUUUAGACAAUAUACAACAACUGUAAAUAUGAGUCCAGGUUGUGAUGAUGGCUUCCUGUCACCCAGUAUCCUCUCUAGUCCCUGAGGCCAUAUUUCCAGCAUGUCCACGGACUGUUAAACUGCUCACCUUGUAUUAUUCAAGUUUAAAAUACCAAUGCUGACUGUGCCUCCAGUCUCUUACAACCACAUGCUGCUCCUGCUGACUUGACGGCACUCUGUGCUCAACAUCAGUGAGGUGAAACGUCUGUAAUUGACUUCUGAACCAGUAUAGAGACAUCGGUCCCCAACCAGACUUCGAUGGGUAACACAUCCUGCCAUAUAAAAGCUUUGUUUUUGUUUUUUUGAAUACACUCCAGAAGCAUGGGAAUGAAGUCUGUUUCCGCAGCUACUUAAAGCUCUCAUGUCAUGGACUGAGGUUUUUCUCUGUUGGUUGGGUUUGAUUCGAUAUGUGCUACUUGUAUUACCUACAGUUUACUGAUCUCCUGUGUUGACAUUAAAGUGUUCAGACUGGG